AUGGAUAUGGCUGUUAGAAUUGGAAUGAUCCUAUACGGUUUAAUCUAUGUCCUUAUUCGCGAUGGGCUCAUUCAUCAACGAUAUUCUUCAUGGGCUAAAACCAAGAAUCCAUAUUUAAAACAAGUUCAACAAGCCCAUCAUCGUCAUCAUGCUUUCCCUUAUAAAACACCGAGUGAAGAACUUGGGUUGUUCUUGAUGAUUAGUCCAAAAUAUUGA